ACAGUGUAUAUCAAUAUCAUCAUCUAAUUACAGUAAAAUCAGUGAAACAUUUUCGACAACAAAAACAGAAAAGAAAAUGAAUUCAAAAAUUUUGACCAAAUUUGACAUUUGCUCGAAAAUUCCCGAAAACUUUCGCCGAAAAGUCAAACUGUUUCACGUAUUUGACGACGAAUUCGGUUUCAAUCUGUUGUUUGUCACCCGAGACGACGAUCUGGUCUACGGUUUGGGCGCCAAUUGGUUCGGUUCGCUUGGUUUGGGUCACGACCAGGCCGUCGACGCACCCGAACUGAUACCCGAACUCUGUCAUCACCGAGUUCGGCAAUUUGUCUGCGGUUUUACAUUUGUGUUGGCCGUAACCGACGACAACCGAGUCUACAGUUGGGGUAUCGACAACAAGGGACAGUUGGGUCGGUCCACUACGGCUAACACUGCUCGAGUGGGCAUUUAUUUACGACCGGACAUAAUAGCCGAUUUUGACGACAAACACCAACAGGUCAGUCAACUGGCGUGCGGUAACUAUCACUCGUUGGCCUUGACUGUCGACGGCGAUGUUUACGGCUGGGGCCACAACCGAUACGGUCAAGUGGGCUGCGGUAAGUACGUAACGAUUGCCCGAUUCACGAAAAUCCGAUUGACAAACACUUACCGAUUGGCUGCCCGUUCGGUGCAUUGCGCGGCCGACUCGUCCUACGCGCUAACAUUGGAUGGCUAUGUGUUCAGUUGGGGUCACAACGGUGGCCAUCAGUUAGGUCAUCGGGAGAUUGACGAUGUUUUUGUACCGAAAAUCAUGGCCAACCUGAACAACAUUCGUACGGUAUGUCCGUCGGGCAGUCGGACACUGUUUCUGACAAACGAAGGAUUGCUGUACUUUUGCGGCGAAUACAAGAGCUCCGAAUCGGGCGACCGGUGUCUGCAGCCGACACCUCAGCCAAUGGAUCAUCUGAAACACCAGUUCAUAGCAAUGGAGCAAACGGUGUCCUAUCAGCGGCACAUAUCGAUAAAGACGGCCACAACCGGUGACGGCAGGGUUUGGCAGAUAUUCAAUACAAACGAAUUGCAAGAAACUAGUUAUCAGUGUUUCGAUGAUUUCUAUGCCCAGGAAAUGCAUAUGACUUACAGGACAGUCGUGUUGGACGACAACAACAUCGACCAUCAGGUUGAUGGUGAUGAUAGUCAAGAGGAUAAUACUAAUAAUAAG